GGUCAAGGCUUGCACCUCAGAAGCCCAGUGUGGUUCUCUGCAAGGGCAGUCAGGAGGGGCAGUUCUCAACUAGCUGGGGAAACCUUAUUUCGAUGGUUCUUAGGAGUCACCCCUUCCCCAGGCCAGAGAGGCCCCAAGGGACAGUCCCAAGGGCAGCUCUGGAGAGCCCCAGAGAUCCCAGCACUUCCACAGCCUCUGAGAACAGAGAGUCUGGCUCUUCCCCUGAAGAGGCCGUCCCCAGCCGUGAGGACAGGCAUGGCUCGGCUGGACUGGUCACAGGGGCAGGCACAGGGGGCCUGGCUGAGGCUGGAGCUCGGCCACAGCAGAGCAGCACCGAGACCAAGGAGGCUCCCACCGCAGGCCCUCCCUCAGGCCCAAGAGGGGAGAGAAUUGAGGAGAAACAUCCAGACUCACUGCCGUCUGGAGCUGCAGAACCCAGGGCCCCCUCACGGCCACCGGAGCAGACCCAGCCUGGCUCUGCACCCUCCCCAGUUACAAGGCAGGACUCACAGCCUGUCCCCCGGCCACGGAAACGCAGCUUGUGCGAAAUAUCCCAGAGCUCUGAGCUUGAGGCCAGCCCAGCGGCCCCAGGGCAGCGCCGAGGACAGGAGCCCGGGGAGGGGCCCAGCCCUGCAGGCAGCAGGCAGGUCCUCACUGAGAAGCAGAAGGAGGCCCGAAAACUCAUGGUGUUUCUGCAGAGGCGGGGGGGCUGGGGGGUGGUGGAGGGGCCCCAGAAGCCCAGAUCCUCGGCGGCAGGGGCUCUGCAGCGAUGGCUGGACCUGGGCAGCUGCCUGGAGGCACUGGCCUUUGCCCAGCAGCACGGGGACCCCCGCCUGGCCCAGAAGACCUAUGCCUGGAUGAGUGACAAUCUGCUACACGUGCUGGGAGACCCGAGCCUCUACCGGCAGCUGAGUGGCGCUGACCGGGAGCGUAUCCUGAGCCUUCGGACCAGCCGGGGCCAGGCGGUGCUGGGGGUCCUCGUGCUGCCCAGCCUCUACCGGGUGAGCCGCUCGGGGCUCACAAGGGACCCUCGUGGGGUGGAAGAAACUCACGCGGUGCGGCCCGUGCCCCCGCCUCCCCGCACGUUCCUGUACGUGUUCCACCCCCGGGAGAACGCGUGGCGGCCCCUGACCCAGGUGCCCCAGGAGGCCCCGCUCCGGGGCUGCGGUCUCUGCACCCUGCACAACUAUCUGUUCCUGGCGGGGGGCAUCCGUGGAUCCGGUGCCGAGGCCGUCUGCUCCAACGAGGUCUUCUGCUACAACCCUCUGACCGACAUCUGGAGCCAGGUGCGGCCCAUGCGGCAGGCGCGUGCCCAGCUCAAACUGGUGGCGCUGGACGGGCUGCUCUACGCCAUUGGGGGCGAGUGUCUGUACAGCAUGGAGCGCUACGACCCGCGCACGGACGCCUGGACCUCCUGUGCGCCCCUCCCUGCAGGCAGCUUCCCCGUGGCUCACGAAGCUGUGGCCUGCCGGGGGGACAUUUAUGUUACCGGCGGCCACCUCUUCUACCGCCUGCUCAGGUACAGCCCCGCGAAGGACGCGUGGGACGAGUGCCCCUACAGUGCCAGCCACCGGCGGUCCAGCGACAUUGUGGCUCUGGGGGGCUUCCUGUACCGCUUCGACCUGCUGCGGGGCGUGGGCGCCGCGGUGAUGCGCUACAACACCGUGACAAGCUCCUGGAGCCGGGCCGCCUCCCUGCCCCUGCCCGACCCCGCCCCGCUCCGCUGCGCCGUGCUGGGCAACACCAUUUACUGCCUCAACCACCAGGUCACAGCCACCUUCAAGGUCUCCGAGGGAACCGCCCAGUUCCAGGCCAAGGAGCUAAAGCCUUUUCCCCCGGGGGCCAAAGGGGUCCUCUGCCCAUUCAUCCUGACGCUGCCCCCCGUGGACCCGCUGCAGACUGCCCUCUGAGUGGCUGCUGGAACGCCAGGGACUUCAGCACUGCUCUCCGGGGAGACCCUGGGGCGGAGUCUGAGGGCAGGAGGGGCACAGGGGCCCCUUGUUCCCGGGACAACUUCCCUUUUCUGUUCUAAUAAGGCUCCUGACUCCGCCUUCCACCCGCUCCCCUCCCCUAAGCCUGUCCCCUCAGAGCCCAGGCUCCCCGCACCUGGGAGCUGGUCGCUGGGUGUCCCUAG